AUGAUGUCGAGUCGGGUAGUCGCUAUAAUGAUUUGUACUGUGUGGUUCGUUUUGCAGAUUUUCCCGUACAGUAAACGGCCGGUGUGCGCGGGCCGAGGCUUAGUUGCUUUAAUAAGUGCGCUGUGUGUGUUGAGCGAGCCAGUCGGCCGACAACCCGAGGCCAAGUCUCGUUCAUUGAGGGUUAUGUGUUGUGGGGCUUCGGGAAUCGAUGCUGCCAUGAAGUGGCUCCGGAUAUUUGGCGGCGAUCAUGCGCCGCAACCCGCCGACAAACGUGGCGGCAAUUUGUUCCUCGUCAAGAUCAUGCUCCUCGACGACACGGAAAUCGUGCAUGAAAUCUCUACGGAUAUGAAGGGCGGAGAGGUGUUGGACCAAGUGUUUAAACGCCUGAACCUCCUCGAGACUCCGUACUUCGGGCUGAGAUAUUUAGACCGAACUGGUCAGACAGCGGGCUAUGUUUCGGAAUUGAGACUGUUUCCGAGUCAGACUGCCGAAUUGGAGGAGAAAAUCGCCGAGUUACAUAGAGGACUUCUGGGUCAAGUUCCUGCUGUUGCGGAAAUGAAGUUUCUGGAGAAGGUUAAAUGGCUGGACUUGUAUGGUGUUGACUUGCACCCGGUCAUGGGAGAAGGAAAUAUUGAGUAUUUCGUGGGCCUGACGCCGAGCGGAGUCCUGGUGUUAAAGAACAAGUCCAAAGUUGGCUACUAUUUUUGGCCCAGAAUUUCAAAAGUCUACUUUCAACGCCGAUAUUUCAUGCUGAGAGUGAAAGAUGGUGCUUCGCAAGAACGAACGUUCGGGUUUGAGUUGCCCACGAGACAAGCUUGCAAGCAUUUGUGGAGGUGUUGUGUGGAGCACCAUGCUUUCUUCCGACUCACCGGGGGAGGGCCUGCAACGGGCCUGGGAAACAAACCUCCAGCCACGCCGAAACUAACCACGAAGGCUUUCUCUUUCGUCUCGAAAUUUCGUUACAGUGGUAGAACGCAGAAAGAAGCCAUGGAGGAUGCUAAACGAAACGCCAGGACGCCGCCUCCAGAUUUCCCCAGGAGGGUCAGCAAGCGGCAGAAUUAUUUGAAACAGCGUCGAAUUGCAUCAGGGAACCCAUCGUUUUCUGACAGUGAAUUGGCUUGUGAUAACAAGGAGAACCUCAGAUCCUUGAAUGGGUCGACUGGAUCUUCUUCCACUCUCCCGAGAAUUUUUCUUUCUGUACCGAAGCCAAAAGCCAACAGUGUGAUUUUGCCAGAUUCUCCUCAAAGCAGUCGGCCAGGGACUAGGUGGAACUCUCAAAGGGGUCUGUUUUCCAAUCAGAGUCCAAGAUCGAUCAGGUCAGCAGAAGUCAGUCGCAGACGCUUACACAAAAGUGAGCAAACAUUGGGUAGGAGUUCCAGCGUGGACAGCAUCACCAGCAACGACAGUUCCAGGCGUUGUCGCAAAAGGCACCAUCACCAUUCCAGUAGACAUAACUCCGACAACGAAAGUGAGAAAUCAACGCGAUCCGGGGUCAGCAACCGACAUCACCAUUUUUAUCAGAAUAGAGCGAGUAGGAAUGUGAUGAGUGGAAAAGAGUCUGAGUCAGAUUUCUCAGAUCCGCAGGCUAUCCAACGGAGGGCGAAUCAGAACGUGGAUGCUUCAAAGCAUAAAACAGAGGAUGAAGUCUGGAGGAGUGCCGAAAGUGGCCAUGAUGUGGAGCAGAGAAUCCGGAGGACGCAUCGUUCCAGAUCAAGGAGUCCUGGGGCUGCUGCAUCUCGAGCGAGAAACCAACUGUUACCAGAGCAGGUGAGACAACAUAUGGCCUUCAAUCUAGUGGACCCAAGUGAGCACGGAAUGUCCGUGGACCAGCUGAGGGACAUCCCGUACACUAAAGUGGAAACAAAUGGACGCCCUCUCAAGAUCCAUUACUCGCCUCAGGCCAAAAAGGUCUACGUGAAAAAAGGGGUGGGAACUCCGGGCUUUCCAAGCCCUGUGUACACUCAACAAACCAUGAGAAAGGAUGUUGGUUACAGAGGCAUCAAUUCUGGGUAUGUGGCGAGCAGAAUGCCUGUACCCCAACCCAGAAAUUCUCAGUACUACAAAAGUAGUGACUAUGUGAACCAAAGCCUGUGUGCUAGUAUUGGAGUGCCUGCAGCUGCGGGCCAAGUCCAAGGUGCAUCCAGUCAGGAGUUGAGCACUGAGUUGUGAGGCUGAGCUGUGCGGGAAGAUUUAUUUUACUCGAGUGCGCUUUUCCCUGUUUAUCAUGAUUGUUGUUGGAGAGGAAAUGAACCCAUUUUCGCAUC